GAACAUUCGUCACUAAACCUCGAACACUCAGAGCAGCAAGAAGUCAUAUUUCGUUAGUAUUUUUAUACACCCGAAAAAAAUCACGGCCUGUCCAUAAUCUCUGCGGGACGGAUCCAAACCAGUGACAAGUCAAAUAGAAACCACGCGAACAUCUGCAGCAAAGGCAGAGCUUAGUUUUCCUCUCCGUGUCAAUUUUGUUUAUCGUAUGUCCAUCCAGAAUCUAAAUACAUUCGACCCAUUUGCGGAUGCAAUAAAGGGUGCUGAUGAUGAUGUACAAGACGGACUCGUGCACAUAAGAAUCCAACAAAGAAAUGGUCGCAAAACGUUAACCACUGUCCAGGGACUUUCGGCGGAGUAUGACCUGAAGAAGAUUGUGCGAGCAUGUAAGAAGGAAUUCGCAUGCAAUGGCACUGUAAUUGAGCACCCCGAGUACGGCGAGGUCCUCCAGCUGCAGGGCGAUCAGCGUGAAAACAUUUGCCAGUGGCUGACCAAGUCGGGCCUCGCUAAGCCUGACCAGCUGAAGGUGCACGGUUUCUAAGCGCGCGGAAGAAACCUCCCGCGUCGUCGGCAGCGCUGUAUUGUUUGUACGUGUGUGAGCAAAAAGCAAUCGUGUGUGUGGGUGGGUGCGUUAUACAUACGGUGCGUUGCGUUGCGCUGCGUGCAUUUUGAUAAUUGACAACAAGGACGAAGUGAUCAACACACGCAAAACGUGGAGGCACCGCCAGUUUUCAAAUGACGGACCUAUUCAGAUACAACAUCAUUACAGCCAGCUAAGACAAAAUAACUGUUUGCAAAUUAUCUUCAGUAUAUUCAUAUUUUUAAACUCUUAUGUGUAAUAAAAGUAACCCCUCAUAACAAGUCGUUUAGCUUGCGAACCCAAGGUUUCGCAAUGGCCGAGAAUGAGAAGACGGGAGUUAAACAGAUGAGCUAGUAAAAAUGUAAAUCGCUUUAAAUUUAUUACAGAGAAAAUAAUCACCGCGUGACUCUAAAUCCAUGAAAUAGAACGAAAUAAUGUUUAAUAAAAGCAAAUCAAUAGUGGAAACAAAAAAAAAAUAAUCAUACUGAUUAUGUAGCAAAAAACAAAUUUAAUAAAUAAUAGUUAUACUCAAUGCACAUUCAAGAGAAAUUAUUGAAACCUGUUCUACAACCGCUAGGAACCGGGGCUUUAUUGGGUACGGCGGAGUACGCUAUUUCGGAUUCGAAUGAAUUGAUAUUUGACAUGAAAUAACACUUUCGUCAUCUUGCUUCGGUUUUCGUCGUAGGUCAACAAGUAAACAAAAAUGACUAAAUUGAACACAUAAACAUGCAGAAUAAGGCUUGAAACAAUCAUCAUUGAUCCAUUUUACAGUAAUAGUUCUAUUCAGCACAAAAUUUGCACAGUUUUUUCCAAUCACUCAAAAUGAUUAGCUGAUGUUAGUUUUCUCUACAGUGUCCGCCUAUCUGUUUUAUCGUUUUGCUUGUUAUUUCCUCACAAAUAGACAAAAUGUAGCUAUUGCAUAAUCAUAUGAAUAUAUUCCAGAGAGAAGACGUUGGUGAA